CGAGGCAGCUGGUGGGGGAGGGGGCGCAUGCGCGCGCGGCGACAAGGCAUCCGAGGCCCGGGUCUGAACGCUAGCAUGGAGAGCGAGAAGACGACGGCGAAGCUCUCGGGGUUCGUGUUUGGCUCCCUCGCCUUCCAGCAUUUUAACUCCAACGCCGACACGGAAGGUUUUCUCCUUGGGGAAGUAAAAGGUGAAGCCAAGAACAGCAUUACAGAUUCUCAGUUAAAUGAUGUUGAAGUUGUUUAUACAAUUGACAUACAAAAGUACAUUCCAUGCUAUCAGCUUUUCAGCUUUUAUAACUCAAUAGGUGAAGUAAAUGAGCAGGCGCUGAAGAAAAUAAUUUCAUGCUGCAAAAAGAAUGUUAUUGGAUGGUACAAAUUCAGGCGUAAUUCAGAUCAAAUGAUGACAUUUCGAGAGAAGAUUCUUCACAAAAAUUUACAAAAAUGUCUUUCAAAUCAAGAACUUGUUUUUUUGUUACUAACACCAAGCAUAACCACAGAAAGCUUCUCCACUCAUAGGUUGGAUCAUGCAUUACAUAGACCUCAGGAAGGAGUUUUCCAUAAAGUACCUUUAGUGGUGACCAACUUGGGAACAUCUGAGCUGCAGGGAUAUAAAACUGUGUCAGGUUCCUACAUAUCUACUGCCUUUGGCCGAACAGUCCAUGCACAUAGGUCAGAAUUUUUUAAUGAAGAUGGGACUUUAAAAGAGGUUCAGAAGAUAAGUGAACUGUAUACCACCAUACAGGAAGAAUUAAAGGAAAUAUGCACUCAAGUAUUAGAGAGUGAGCAGUUAGUAGAAAAAUUAAUAAAGGAUAUAAAUCAUCUAAAAGAAGAACUUGCAAGGAGGAAGAGAGCAAAGGCUCUAGCAUCAGCAGUAAGAAGCCACGCCCUGGAACCAGAAGAGAAUGUUCUUCUCUGUCAAGCUUUAAGGACAUUUUUCCCAACUUGUGAACUUCUUCAUUCCUGUGUUGUUUGUUUGAAAGGCAGGCAGGUUUCUAGAAACUCUUGUAAUACUGACCCUAAACUUCAUCUGGUAAAUGAAUUAACGCUGAUGCUAGAAAGCCCUGAUUUUCCAGAAGAUGAUGAAACAAAAAGUGGAAUUAAGCGUAAAUCUCUUGACUUAGAGAGCCAAAGCCCAGUCAAGAAAGUACGGUCAUUAGAAAUUCAUAAUCAGUCUCGUAAAAUAGAUCAUGAAAACAGUCAACAGGAAAAAGAACUGACAAGCAGUACAGAAACGGAUGAAGAUGCUGAGAAAUUGAAGGAUGAUAUUGAAUAUCCAGAGUCGCCAACUUUCUGAUCUUUCAUAUGAUUUUUGUGAUUGACUAAUCAAAAGGCCACAGAGUGGAAAACAUUCACAUACUUUAUGUGAAGCAAUACUUUGGAAAAUUAUUAUAACUUAUUCAGUUAUAAUAAUUUUCUAAAGUAUUUUGGAAAUUUAGGAAUGUGACAAGUUUUAUUAUAGUACUCUAGGAGUAAAUCAAAAAUUAUUAGUCUUUUUCCAAGUUGUUUCUUAGUGUUUGUAAAUAAAAACUUUUAUGGAAACUGUUAAUCCACUUUGUAGAUAAAAUAUUUCAUUAAAAAAAAUUCUAAGACCUGAAGCUUUUUAAAACUUGGUAUAAGAAAUAAAUGCCAAUUUAGUGAAAUUUCAUAAUUUAAUUUAGGUUUUCACUGUAUACAUUUUCUUGUGCUUAAAUUAGCUUUCAGAUUGGUCAUUCCUAAAGUCUACAGUAGUCCCCAAUCAAGAAGUUUGCCACCUUCUGUGUCUCUUCAUAUAUGUUUUUUUCUCUCACUAGAAAUUAAAGUUCUUCAGUGGCAAAAACUUUUUUGGGGUAUCUGUCAUGAUAUGAAAGAAUGAUACUUAUCUCUGAAGUCCAUCCCAAUGUUUGAACAAAUUUCAGUUAAAAUUCUAAAGGGUUUAGUUUAAAACUAACAAACAAGUCCUCUGAUUUAGUGUGUGUAUAUAUAACUUGCCUCUCUCACUUUCCCUGUAAAAUCAAGAGGUCUGCUGAUAGAACCAAGAACCCAUGUUCACAGCUACAGUAGCUGAAAUUCAAUUCAGCUAAGUUUUAAAUUUUCUACCACAAGAGUGAAAAUUAUUUGAAAUCAGGUAAGAAAGAGCCGUACAGUUCCUUGGAAACCAUUUUUUCCAGCCUCCUUUUGCAGAUGAGGAAACUGAGGCCCAAAGAACUCAAUGCAGAAAUAGGCCAGGUCCUCUGCAUGCAGGAAAUGUUUUUAGAAUUGAAACAAUUGAUAGUACACAUAAUCUGUCAAAUAAAUUUUAUUGAUACUAGCUUUUUUCUCAAUAUUUGAUGUUACAAAUUUUGGGAUCUUUCAGAUAGGCAGGAUCCUUGUAAGUAACUGGCAUAAAUCCUGCAAAAAAAGAUAAUUUGUUUUAAGUUUUUCACUGUAAUUUGUACAAAAACUAUAAAAAUUUUAAACAUAUAAUAAAAGCUUUUAUACCCCAACAAAAUCUAGAGCAAACAAAUUAAGAGCCAUUCCCUCAAUAGACUAGUGAUUAGAGAAGAUAAGUGUCUGCAAAGGAAGAAAUGCAAACCAAGAAUAGCAGAAAAAGGUGAAAUUUAUGUUGGAUGAGAACCUGUUAGAAGACAAAUAUGCUUACUUCCUUGCUGGUAGAACAGCCCAAAUGUUUUUGUGAAUUUUUGGAAUUAUUUAAGAAAAGUGACUUAAUCACUUUCUUGGGUCCAAAAUCCCACUCGUGGGAUUAUAUCCCAAGGAGAUUAAUGAAAGUCAAAAUAUUAUGUGGAAAAUAUUCAUAGCAUCAUUUAAAAAAAUAAAUGAAAGCUGGCUGUCCAAUAAUUUGACAGUUGCCAAAAAAGCUAUAAUAUCACUGUGCCACAAGAAUGAAGAACAUGAAUUCAGAAAGCAUAGCAAGACAUGUAUGGGUUAGCCAGUGAAGAAAACACAAGAACAUACAUUGACCACGAGGUAAAUGAAAGCAGCCUUCCAAAGCAGCACAACUAUACAAAAUUAAAGAACAAAAGGGCAAAACGACACUCUUCGUUAUUAUCAGGCUUUUCUGCUUAAUUCUUAGGAGAAACUUAUGAGGGACUUGGGUAUUGGUUAGAAAUGUACCCCAAAACACAUAAAAUGUAUGAUGGGGAAAAAAUAUUGGAUAGUAAAUAUUCACUAACACUUACCCAUUAUCUGAGCCCGCUUAAUAGCCUUUGUAAUCUCUCUCUGUUUUUUCCCACAUAAGCCUAUAAGUGAAAAAUAUUUUCAUUAAUUUCAUUCCAAACAGAAAAAGUUAAUGCUUACGUAAAAGUUCCUAGGAUGCUUAAAAUAUACUUCUAAACAAGUAAACUUUGCUUUAAAAGAAAAACUACUUUCAAAAUUUCCCUUCCUUUAUGCUUUGGAGAGUUGCACUACAAUAGUUAAUUUAGCCUUGAUUGCCCAAAAUUCAACUGCUUUGCCUAACCUGUAACAUCUAUUCACCAGUUAAUUAGAAAAUAACUUAUUUUCUUAAACAUAAAACUAAAAUUGGUUUUAAAUCAUUUACACAUUAAAAUAUUCACAAAUAGGCUUUAAUGUAAAUACCUGUUAUGUGUCUUCCAUAAAUGCAUCCAGUGAAUGGAGAAAUAAACUGAGACAAAAGCUGUUGAUAGUUUUAUAAACAAAAAUCAAAAUUACUAGUAGUUUAAACUGAUAAACAACUUUUUAGCUGUUCACUGUUUUUAAUUUUUCCCCCAGUUACAUUCAAAAUAAUUUCUAAGCUUUUUCUUUUCAAAAUAUAUUUAGUUUUCAACACUUGCUCUUGUAAAGUCUUGGUUUUUUUCCUUCCUUCCAUGGCAAGUAAUCCAAUAUAUGUUAAACAUGUUCAAUUCUUCUGUACAUAUUUCCACAACUGAUAAACAACUUUUAAAAAGUCUUAAAAUUUUUUUCCUUCAGUACUAUAAUACCAAUUCACAUUUACAUGGUAAAAAAAAUGAACAACACUUUCAGGUAGGUAUGUUUUUCCCAUUUUAAAGAUAGGGUUUUAAAAAAGGUGUGCUCAGUGUCAUAGCAAUAGAGCUAGAAAAUAACAGUACUGAAACCUUGGCCCAGGUUGUCUUGAUUUCUAAAUCCAUUGAAAUGUCUCUUAUUAAACUGUGAGGUUUGACACAAUCAUAUAUGUACUAUGUUAUUUUUGGAAGGGACACAAAUAUCUUUUAAGAAAUACUAAGCCCAAUUACUGAACAACAUAAGCUUGAAGUUUUAAGUGUUCCUAUGAAAUCUCCAAUUAAAAAUAUGCUUAGACUUCUUAUCAUCAGGGAAGGAAAUAAGUUUACCUCCUCUUAAAUACCAAGUUUCUAAAAAGUUUUCCUUUUGCAUGUUCAUCUUUAAUCUUAGUCCUAAAAUCUUCAUGGUGAAACAAAUUUCCUCGACUGAGUGAUUGUAGAGGUGUUACAUAUGGUGUCAAGUGUACUGGUUUUACACAAUUGUUCUGUUACAAAAAUGUAGUGUUUUUUUUAGAAUAUAAGGAGAAAAAGAAUAAAAAUGCAUUCAAAAAUUA